AUGAUGCCAUUUGGGAGGAGCAGCGUUGCUCCUGCAGAGUCCGACCUCGACGAGACGACGAGGAGCAGAAACAGAGAUGUGCGGUGGUCCCAGGCAGCACAGAACAUGAACAACAGCAACAACAAUGAUGGGUAAGCAAAAAUUCUUAUCUGUCCAAAAAAAGAUGAGAAGAAGGAUGAGAAGAAGGAUGAGAAAAAAGAUGAGAAGAAAGACGAUAAAAAAGACGACAAAAAAGAUGCAAAGAAAGACGACAAAAAGGACGACAAAAAGGAAGAACCAAAGGAGGUGUGGAUCAUUGACCCUGCUACAGACAUGUACUACUACUGGCUGUGCACCAUAUCCGUCCCGGUCUUCUACAACAUGAUAUUCCUCGUUGCCAGGGCUUGCUUCAAUGAGCUCCAAACCAUUAACACCAUAACAUGGGUUAUUUUGGACUACAUAUCAGAUUUCCUCUACCUUGUUGACACCUUUGUGAGAGCCAGGACAGGUUUCCUCGAGCAAGGGCUCCUUGUAAAAGACGAGAAGAUCCUGAAAGAGAGAUACAUGAAGACACGUCAGUUUAAACUGGACAUUCUGUCAAUAGUUCCCACUGAUAUCAUCUUCCUCCAAAUUGGAAUUGACAACCCAGAGUGGAGGUUCAACCGCCUCUUCAGGUCAGCUCGGCUCUUUGAGUUCUUUGACCGGACUGAAACACGAACCAACUUUCCUAACAUUUUCCGAAUCGGUAACCUUGUCCUGUACAUUAUCAUCAUCAUCCAUUGGAAUGGCUGCCUCUACUUUGCCAUCUCAAAAGUGCUCGGCUUCGGCUCAGACACCUGGACAUACCCAAACAUGAGCAAUCCUGAGUAUGCUCGCUUGGCAAGGCAGUAUAUCUACUGCUUUUACUGGUCCACUCUUACCCUGACCACGAUUGGUGAAACGCCACCACCUGUCAGAGAUAUAGAGUACUUCUUUGUGGUCGCAGACUUUCUCACUGGAGUUCUGAUCUUUGCUACAAUUGUCGGUAAUGUCGGUGCCAUGAUUUCCAACAUGGGUGCUGCACGUGUCGAGUUCCAGGCUAAGAUUGACUCCAUUAAACAGUACAUGCACUUUCGAAAGGUUUCCAAAGACCUGGAGGCGAGGGUGGUGAAGUGGUUUGACUACCUUUGGACGGAGGAGAAAACCUGCGAUGAGAGGCUGGUCCUGAAGAAUCUGCCAGACAAGCUGAAGGCUGAGAUAGCCAUCAACGUACAUCUGGAGACCCUGAGUAAAGUGCGGAUCUUUCAGGACUGUGAAGCAGGCUUGCUUGUUGAGUUGGUCCUAAAGCUUCAGCCUCAAGUUUUUAGCCCUGGUGACUACAUCUGCAAGAAGGGCGACAUUGGCAGAGAAAUGUAUAUCAUCAAAGAAGGAAAACUUGCGGUAGUUGCAGAUGACGGUGUCACCCAGUUUGUGGUCCUCAGUGACGGGGCAUACUUUGGAGAAAUCAGCAUCCUAGGAAUCAAGGGUAGUAAAGCAGGAAACCGCAGAACAGCAAACAUCCGAAGCGUGGGCUACUCUGAUCUGUUCGCUCUUUCCAAGGAUGAUCUCAUGGAGGCACUCAUUGAGUACCCGGACGCCAAAACUCUCCUGGAGGAGAAGGGAAGGGCAAUCCUGAUGAAAGAUAACCUUAUUGAUGAGUCACUGGUUGCAGCAGCUGAUGCCAAAGAUCUGGAGAAUAAAGUCACCCAGAUUGAAGCCAGUAUAGACGUCAUGAAUGUUAAAUUCCGAAAGAUAUCAGAGCAGUACGAGUCCUACCAACGAAAAAUCAAGCAGAGACUGACGAACAUGUCGAACCAGGUCCGAACCCUAAGACCAAAGAACUCAGCUGAAGUUGGGUUGUCUUUGCACUGCUUGCAAUCGUGGUGUUUUUUAAGGGAAAGAUGA